AUGAGUAUAUAUGAUAUAAAACAAAAUACUCUUUCAGAGUAUAUAAAAGAAUACCUAAACGAAGCCUAUUAUAUAGAAUUAAAAAAAUAUUUACUUAAAAUUGAAAAUGAAAAAAAUUAUGAAAAUAUUUCAAAUUUAAUAAAAGAAAUUAUAUUGUGCAUCAAAUCACCGAAACAACUUUUAAAUAUCAAUAUUGACGUACAAUCAAACUUUUUAAAUAAGUUGACAAUUAAUGAUCAUGAAAUAUUUAAACCCAUUCACACAAAUAUAAACAAAAUCAAUAGUUUAAUUGAGGAAUUAAAAACUCCAUCUCCUUUAUGUUUCAGUGAAGAUUUAAAACAUUAUGAAGUUAAAUCAUUAAAUCUUGCAUAUAGAAUAACAUCAUAUGAUGUAUCGGAACAUCAAUUUAAAAAGAGGGAUCAAAAUCAAACAGGAAAUAGCAUUGGUAGUAUCAUGGAUAAAAAAGUUUAUUUUAAAUUAGAGCAUGGUGGUAGACUUAUAAUGCCAGCAAAAGAGCAUGCAAUUUAUGAAUUUUAUAAGAACUUGUUUCCAAACUCUAUAUCAGCAUUGGUAUCGCCUACUCAAUUAAUUCUAAUGGAUAACUUGAAAAUAUUAAAUCCUGAAUCCAUAAAGGGAACUAGGAGAUUAUAA